AUGAUUGCCAUCAGACAGUAUAAUGCGCUGUGGCCCGCGCAACAAUAUUGCAACUUGCUAACAGCCACUUUCCUACCUAGCACAAAAAUCUCCUCGGAAGACGUGGAGAACUAUUGCCCACACACAUCGAUUCGCACCGACCAUACCGACGAACGACCGGAGAAGGGUAUCCUUCCACUGCCGCCAGUUGCAACGCUUCGGUCUCAUCGAAGCUAUGGAGGAAGCACACUCUGUCAGUCAAUAGGAGGAGACGGCUGUGACUCUCUUUCGACUAUUACUACGACAAAUUCAAUACUAUCCUGUGCUGAUUCGGACACGACGUCGAUGGCCGACGGCCUUGACAUUGGGCAACUGCGGCGUCGGGAGCUUGCUGACGAGAAUCAGCUCGCGGGGCAUAAGUUAACAGAUGGGCGUAUUCCGGGAGAAGCCAGAAUUCUUUGCGCUGGCAGCGGCGCAGUAGCCUGGGGACGCCAAACAGCCGUGGAAAACCCCCUCUCGACAGUGGUGAUCCUUGAAGAAGAGCCUUAUUCCACAUAUUUACCCCGAAAUUGUACGAUGGAGGGAGGAGACAUCAUCGAGUACCCUCGCAAAGAUUGGGACUACGUCUUCAUUCGAAAUUACCGAGCCGUUACCGACUGGAAACAGUAUCUGAGCCAUCUUCGCAGCAUUUUACAACCUGGCGGACAAAUUGAGCUUGUCGACGUGCAUAAUGCAGCAGCCGCCAUAUGCACGUGUGCGCAGCAUCCGACGGAAUGGGCCAAAGCCAAAGCCAAGAGAUGUGGCACAUGCUUCAAAUAUCCUUCUGUAAAGGCUCGUGGCAAUAUGCUUAGAGCUUAUGGCUUCUCCGAGUUAACAGUUGUGUACCACAACCGUCCGCGUCGAACGCAGCGCAAAGCGCUGGUCUCUAGUGUAGCUAUUCUGGGCAAGGCCUGCGGUGGAGCGGACAGUGAUUGCUAG